AUGCUGUUGAUGCCCAGUCAUGACUCUCGCGAUGUUUGGUUGCCCCGUUACACGUCACUUGGGGCCGGGGAAAUGGCGGAGCGGCGCAAACAGAAGAAGCGGAGUCAGGAGGUGGGCGAACCAACUAAAGAGGAGAAAGCAGUGGCCAAGUACUUGCGUUUCAAUUGCCCAACUAAGUCGACCACCAUGAUGGGCCACAGAGUUGAUUAUUUCAUUGCCUCCAAAGCAGUGGACUGCUUGCUGGAUUCAAAAUGGGCAAAAUCAAAGAAAGGAGAGGAAGCAGUCUUUACAACCCGAGAAUCAGUGGUUGAAUACUGCAACAGGCUCCUGAAAAAACAGUUCUUUCACCGUGCAUUGAAAGUGAUGAAAAAGAAGUCUGAGAAGGAGAUCAAAAAAGAGAAAGGGAAAAAUGAUAGUAGUAAAGACGAGGAAAAGAAAAGCAAGAAAGAAAUCUCAAAGGAUGAGAAGAGUAAGAAAGAGAAAAAAAAAGAUGGUGAGAAGGACGAAACCAAGAAGGAGAAAAAGGAUGAAGUUCCAGGAACGCCAAAGAAAAAGAAAGAGACAAAAAGAAAAUUUAAGUUGGAACCACACAAUGAUCAGCUUUUCCUUGAUGGAAAUGAGGUUUACGUGUGGAUAUAUGAUCCUGUUCACUUUAAGACAUUUGCAAUGGGACUGAUAUUAGUCAUUGCAGUGAUAGCCGCUACACUGUUUCCCCUUUGGCCUGCAGAAAUGCGAGUAGGUGUUUACUAUCUUAGUGUUGCAGCAGGCUGUUUUGUUGCCAGUAUCCUCCUCCUCGCUGUGGCUCGUUGCAUUCUCUUCCUUUUAAUUUGGCUCCUCACUGGUGGUCGACAUCAUUUCUGGUUCUUGCCAAACCUGACAGCAGAUGUUGGUUUCAUUGACUCCUUCAGACCCCUGUACACACACGAGUACAAGGGGCCCAAAUCGGACUCUAAGAAAACAGAUGAGGAGACCCAUCCCCAGAAACAGCCACAACCUGAAGGUGAUGAGGAAAAGGAGGCCGAAGAGGAAGAGACAAAAGCAGAAACAACAGCAGCAGCAGAAGUGGCAACAGGCAAUUUGGUCAGAGAGCGACAGUCAGACACAGACAGUGACCGCAGGGACGAUGAUGGUUCCCAGCAUAGCAGUGGCAACGGGAAUGACUUUGAAAUGAUCACUAGAGAGGAACUGGAACAGCCCACAGAUGACUAUGAAGAGGAGGAGGAGGAGGAGGAGGAAGAUGAUGAUGAAGAAGCACAGCCAUUACACAGUAAGUCGUAGAACAGGAUAGUUCCAUCUCCAGCAACUGAACAUGAGUAGCUGAUGUUGAAAACAGUUCCGCACUGGGAUGGAGACAUGUACCUGGCCCACACUGGAUGCCACGAUGAGAUAUUGUGAAAUGUUAAAACUGCAUGAUAAUCAUAGCAUUUUAAAAUUCCCUCAUCCCAGUUACAAUGAUCAUAAGCCUUGAUAUUUCGGCAGAGGAUUUAGAGGUACACUCGGAAAACUUAUUGGCAUUACUAGAUUUUUAAGACGAGUUGUGUUCCAGAUCACAGCAUGCAUCAUGAUCUUUCAAAAUUCUAAGGCAAAGCCAAACAAUUCAAUGGCCCACAGUUACAUCUGGUAAUUCAUCUCUUUGUAUAUUCUUACUCAGCUGAGAGACAGCAGGCCUUAAGUUGGUCCUGGUAUUUGCCAUUGUUUGAGGAGGUUCAUAGUGUUUGUUGCACUGCAAUCUGUUUCAGGCUCUCAGCCAUUUGUACAAAGCUGGUGCUGUGCACUAGAAUCCUCCAGUUUUGGUACACUGCCUACAUGUUGGAAGAUAGUGCAAAAAGAUGAGGGACUUGCUGUAUUCACGGUAUUGACACUUAACACCAAAAGAAUCCUCUGAAGAUUGGAAAGUGCAUAGAUGAAAAGCCACUCCUUUCCACGACACACUUGACCACUAAUCAGGUAUUAGUGGGAAAGAGAACCGUAUCCGUUGCUGCCAAGCAAAAUUUCUGGCAUGUAGUAGCAUUUUACAAAGCUUUUGUGGUGCAAUGGUGGCUUAUAAUCCAUAAAGAAGUGACUACAAGUAGCCCAAUUUGUGUAAAAGGAUACAGCUGUUCCUUGAGCAGCUGGAAUCUGAAAAUAACCCAUUAAAACAUCUCAUUCCAGAAACACUGCUUAACAGUUUGUGUAAUUGUGUAAAGUUCACUUCUGUCAACUUUAAGGUGACUGUCUAGUACCAUAGAAUAAGUGCAGCUACAUAUUCUGUUACCUUAGGUUAUGGAUGGAACAAAUUUAGCAUAUGGAAAAGGUACAGUAUUUUACAGAAGAACCACCUUACUAUGGGGCUUAUAAUUAAUUGUGCCAAUGUUAUCCAGGCGUGCAAGCAGGAACAUCUAUAAUAGUUUAGGAGUUGGCUUGUUAAUCGUGCAGCUAUGUUGCCUUCGCCUCUUUCAAGUUUAGAUUUUGAUAUUACUCUAGGACUUUGACCAUGUUACUGGAGGAGAAAAGGUGGGGGAACAAAAAUUUAAAGGUUGAGAAGUGCAUAUUCUUAACUUUGUAAGAAUCAUACAGGAAUGACUUUGUGAGAGAUUUGUUUCAACAGUAUGACCAUUAGCCUUAAUGUGAUCUUUGCAUUACAAGAGUGUACAAGACUGUUGUAAACCAGAGAGGGUACAGACUUUUCUGCAAGUGUCACAGAAUCUUUAGUCCCUUUAAUGGCUUGCAAAGACUAGAGAAGUUAUAGCAUGCAAACAGAAAGCUUGCUGCAGCUGUAAGUAACAUUGAUUUAUUACUCUAUAUCUUCUAAAACAAUCCCUAAUUUUACAGGACAACAUCAGGUUUGUUCAUUGAUCUCUUAAUGCAUUGUAUUUUACAAGCUGAAAUAAUUCCUACCACCUCAUUAGAAUUUAUUUGGAAAACGUUCAGUCAGUUUCAAGCCUUCCUGCAUCAUUAGACCUCUGCCGCAUUAUUGGUAGGCUAAUGGAUUGAGUUAAAUGUGGAAUUUAAUUGGUUUCCAGCAUCUGCUUGUCGUGCAGUAAUUGAUUAAUCUCUGACAUUUCACAGAGUCACCUGAGCGUGGACCACAACUUUGUAGUUAACUGUUUAAUUAAACUAAUAGCACAGGAAAAAAAAAUACUUGGUAGUGUAGGACUUUUCUAUAUUCAUAUGCUUUUCCUAAUGAGAUGUUAAAAGCAUUUUUUUCUGUUAUCAUGUCUUUCUUGGAGAAAGAUUUGCCAGUGUGCCGGUGGUUUUCUGGUAGUGAGUAUCUCAACCUGCUCUCAAAUGGUAUUUUGAGUAUUUGUACAUUGUAUAGUGUAGCUACAAGCCAGUGCUACUUCAUGUGUAUCACCGCGUGGGGGUGGGGGAAGGAGAGGGAAAGAGAGAAGGGUGGUGGAGGAGAAUGCUUACUCCUGUUCAAACCUAGUUAUGUCCAUAUUUGGAUUGACAUAUAAUUUAAAGAAAGACUUGUCUUUGAUUACUGGAACAUUAUUUAAACAAUAACUGUUUUAGCUAUUUGAAGAAGUAAAUGCAAUUUAAAAACUGAAA